AAGGGGUUUCACAGAUGUAAAGGAACAUUUUUAAACAGUGAAAGCUUCAAAUGGGUGCUGAAAGAACACAACCUUGAUGUUAGAGGGAAGAAACAGUGAAAUUAUAGAAAUAUCAUAGACUGCAAAAAAAAAAAAAAAAACUGAAUGGAAUCGGCAAAAUAUUGACCAUGUUGACUGGGGAAUACAUGAUGAAAUGAGAUUUAUACAAAGUUGUGUAUGAAGAGCAGAAAUCUUUCCCCAAUGUCUAGUGGUGCCUUCGGAGGGCGAUAUUUCAUCCACAAUGUCACAGAACAGGAAUCAGAUGAUGCGUAUUUUAGUUGUACAUCCGGCGAUGAUUGCAAUCGAUUGAACAGUUGCGACGGAACUUCUCAUCGUCAAAGUAGUGAAAUGACAAAAGAAACUUGUUCCACACAAGAGGACGGUGGAUGCUCCGUAGAACAAGUGACAUGCAUGAACGGUGCUUCGCCUGAUCGAGUGAAAAGAAGGUCGUGCACGCGACAAAAUUCGUCAAUUCCGGGUGAAAAAUAUUUGUGUCAGAAGGACUCUAAAGGACUGGUAUCCAGGUAUGAUGUUCGGAAUCUGGAGUUCAUGUCGGCGGAUUGUUACCGUAACGAUGUUCCCUACAGACAAGAGGAAAUGGACGACGAAGGAAGUAGAGACUCGAGAAAAAAUCACAAGUGCUCAAAUUUAGAAACCGAGACCCCUUACCAGCCUUCGUGUGUUGUAAAUUCUUGGGGACAUUUUUCUCAGUGUGUCAAAAACCGGUACAAAUAUCGGCGUAGUGACUACUCCAGUGAGAGUGACGAAGAACAAAGUGUUCCCCAGUGGCCAAACAAAUCGGAGAUCAUGCAGCCUCAAAAAAGCCACCUCCCGACCUGUGAUCUCAGCACACUGACACCAGUGUUAAAGUCUAAGGAUGCUGGGAAAAACGAAGUCAUCAAAAGCAUCACGUCCCGUACGAAAGAUGGAAUAAAACCUACAGUAUUCAAAGAGAAAUUGGCAACCAUUCUUCGCUGGUUUAAUGAGUUCAAUGACAUCCAGAAAAACACACUGAUAAGUCGACUAUUGAAGGACUGCGAUCUACCCCAAAAUCACCUCCUCUCUGUGAGGGUCUCCUCACAGCUACACAAAGGCUGCCCCCCAAACUGUCAAGACAUCAUCACCUGGCUACCAGCUACCAUAGCAACCAAAAUCAUGUCUUACCUUGACCCUGUAAGCUUGUGUCGAGCUGCCCAGGUUUGUCGGGUGUGGCGAUAUAUUACGGAGGACCCGUCGCUGUGGAGAAAAUUCUGUUGUCAACAGACGUGGCGGCUCUCUAAGGCAGCAGAACACAAACAAGUCAUCAGUCACAUGACCGGAGGCAGCAUCAUGUGGAAGAAGGUUUUUGCCGAGCGAUUCAGACUUCGAAACAACUGGCUAAGUGGACGGUGUACUGUAAGGACAUUUGAAGGUCAUUCACAAGGUAUUUCCUGUGUACAGUUUGAUGAUACCAGAAUUGUCAGUGGAUCUUCAGAUAAAACCAUUAAGGUGUGGAACAUCCGAACUAAUGCUCAGUGGUCAGUCCAGACAUUGGUGGGACAUAGUGGAACAGUACGCUGUCUCCAUCUGGAAGGAAAACGAUUGGUCAGCGGAUCUACAGACAAAUCCAUCAAGGUGUGGGACUUGUCCACUCAGGAGAGCUGGUCCAGUAUAGCCUGUAAGGUGACCAUGAUAGGACACACAGAGACAGUCAGGUGUCUACAGGUUGAUGAUGAUAAAGUGGUCAGUGGAUCAUAUGACAAAACACUCAAAGUGUGGGAUAUCAGGAGUGGAGAGUGUAGGAUUACACUCAGGGGCCAUCAGGCAGCUGUAUUGUGUGUUCAUUUCAAUGACACCAAAUUAGUUUCUGGUUCUUGUGACAAGACCAUCAAGGUGUGGAAUUAUGAGGGUGAGUGUCUGAGGACACUGAUGGGACACCAGGACGCGGUCACGUGUCUGCAGUUUGACUCGACUCGGAUCGUGAGUGGCUCCCUGGACUGUACCCUGAAGUUCUGGGAUAUCCAUAGCGGGACCUGUGUUAACACCAUAGACUGGAAGGAUGCAGAGGGGCACACAGGGGUUGUCAGACACAAUGUUUUUAAUCUUCAUUGGAGGUUGGUGAGUGCGGCAGAUGAUAAAACUAUCAAGGUGUGGAACCUGGAGACGGGGGAGAGGCUGGUUACCCUGAGGAACCACACAGACGGGGUGACAUGUAUGCAGUUUAACGACUUCAUCAUCGUGUCGGGAUCCUACGACAAGACGGUCAAACUGUGGGAUUUCAGCUGCUGCUAG